AAACAAUCUGGGAUGACCGGCCCCGCGGCACUCUCGGGGCGAAGAAGCCGCUCCCCCUCGCCCGCUGGCUCGCGCGCGCCCCCAGGACGCCUCCCCCGCCGAGCGACUAGCAGGAGCGGGGCGGCCCGCGCUGCGCCUCCCUCUCGCCGCUCGCCCGCGGGGCGUGGCUAGCUCUGCCUUUCGCCAUGAUGAACAAAUGACCUCGCGGGGAAUGAAAUUUAAAUUCCACAAAGGCGAGAGAGUUCUUUGCUUCGAGCCGGACCCGACCAAGGCGAAGGUGCUUUAUGAUGCCAAGAUCGUUGAUAUUGUUAUCGGAAAGGAUGAGAAAGGAAGAAAGAUCCCAGAAUAUCUGAUCCAUUUUAAUGGUUGGAAUAGAAGUUGGGACAGAUGGGCAGCUGAAGAUCAUGUACUUCGUGACACUGAUGAAAACCGCAGAUUACAGCGCAAAUUGGCAAGAAAAGCUGUGGCUCGCAUGAGAAGAAAAGGAAAAAAAGGGCGUUGCAGAUUGCCUGGUGUUGAUUCUGUACUGAAGCUCCUUCCUACUGAAGAGAAUGAAAAGAGUAGUGAAAAUU